CCCCGCCAACAACGCGAACUUCAACUACUUUCGUUCUCGUUUGACACCAAUUGGUAUUGGAGCCCACCAUUGGACACCACCAUAUGCCCCUGUGUGGGUGCUUACAUAUGUAUGCCACCGGCUCAAUCAGUUGCCAAUAGAAAGAUCGCCGGCUGCGAUACGUGCUCCACUUAAAUAGCAACCGCUCUCGUUGCCCGGAACACAGUUUACACACGGCAUUAGAAGCACGAGUAUAUGGGACAUGAAGUCGACAGUGUGGCUCCCUUUGCUGACCUUCAUUUGUAGAAGUGCCAGUUCCAACCCAAUAUUGGGUCUUUUUGAUUCCACCUGCCAAGUUGUAAGUGGAGAAUGUCCCAAUAAAAACGUAUCCUUCUGGCUCUACUCAAAUUCCACCCGAGAAAACCCUAUCCUGCUGAAUCCCCUUGACCUAAAUCCGUGGGACUUCCAACCGCCACGUCCUUUGAAGAUACUCAUCCAUGGCUACACAGGCUACCGUGACUUCGCUCCCAACUCCUACAUCCGUCCCGUACUCCUCGACCACGAAGAUGUGUACGUUAUCUCCAUUGACUAUGGACCACUUGUGCGAUAUCCCUGCUACAUCCAGGCUGUUCAGAAUCUUCCCCUAGUCAGUCAAUGCCUGGCCCAGUUGAUCAAUAACCUGGUGGAUCGGGCGAUCGUCGCAAACGACCGAAUCCACUUGAUAGGCUUCAGUUUGGGUGGACAGGUGGCGGGGCAGACGGCCAACUAUGUGAAGAGAAAACUGAAGAGGAUCACUGGUCUGGAUCCUGCGAAGCCCCUCUUUAUCUUGGGACCAGAUUCAAGAAGAUUGGACCAAGGAGAUGCCGAUUUUGUGGACGUCAUACACACGGAUGUUUUCGGUCGCGGAAUUCUGCGCGCCGCUGGUCAUGUGGAUUUCUAUCCGAACUUUGGAGCCCAACAACCUGGCUGCAUGGAGGAGAACAUGCAAGAUCCUGGUAGCUGUAAUCACGAGAGGGCUCCUCGCUUUUACGCCGAGUCCAUCAAUUCCACUGUGGGUUUCUGGGGACGGCAGUGUUCCGGGUGGUUGGUGCAACUUCUUUCACUUUGUCCCACAACAGGAGCUCAAGCUCUAAUGGGCUAUCAUGUCUCGGAUGAGUUGAGGGGCUCGUACUUCCUCCAGACCGCAAGUAAAUCACCCUUUGCCCUCGGAAAAACGCCGGAUGUGGACAAUAGACAGACCCUGGCCAAGUUCCAUUUGAAUUUCGAUCACAAUGAAAUCGACAAUGACUACGAACCACAGUUGUUGGAGGCAUUUCUUGAGUUGGAGGCAGUAAAAGUGGUGGACAAAAUGGAUGAAGCCAAUUUGGAUAAGCAGUUGAACUGGAUCGACCGCCCGGAAGAGGAACCUUUGUCCAGAAAUUUUAUUAAUUAGGUAAUUUAUGCAAAAUGUAAUAUAUGAAUGCUUUAAGAAUUAUGUAAAUAAAGAAAUUGAUAAUCGGA